AUGAAAACAGCCAUGAGACUGCAUGGCUGGGGUCAUUGGGAAGACAUAGGAACGGGCCGCAGCCAAGUUAUAGAGCAAAAUGGCAAUGAAACCAUAAAAGAAAUGUACUUGAUGCCGAAAGAUAGAUUAAUAACAGAACACAUCUUCGAAAAAAGAUACGAAACAAGAAUAGACAACCUAGAAGCAUGGAACACCACCAAACUACACAAUGAAAACGACAUAGUGUGGUACACUGACGGUUCUAGAAAAGAUAACCUUUCCGGCGCAGGCUGGUACUGCGGGAAAGGAAUGACUAGCGAAGGCUUCAAACAACUUGGAAAAUACAGGACGGUAUACCAAGCCGAAGUUAUAGCCAUCUCUGAAUGCACACAAGAAAUGAUCAACCUCGAUACAAAUAACAGAAGAAUAAUCAUAUGUACCGACAGCCAAGCGGCUAUCAAAACACUAAACAAAGCAGAGAUAACAUCAAGAAUUACCAUAAAAUGCAAUGAAAGAGCCGAUAGACUAGCCAACAGGGGCUCCGACGAACCCCCAAUAGGCCCAGAGCCGAUUAUCCCAUUACCAGAAACAGCUUACACGAUAGAGAUCGAGAAACUAAGAAACACCAUGAAGAAGAGAAAAUGGGAGGAAACGCAAGGGUGCGAGCAAGCCAAGACACUGCUCGGCACCGAAACAAACAACAACAAGAGAAGUAGACAGAUACUUAACCUAAGUAAAGAAGACGCUAGGAAUGUAAUAAGCAUACUGGCAGGACACGCCUCCUUAAAGGCGUACCUAAAUAAAAUAGGUAAAUGCCCCAACAAUGUCUGCAAUCAAUGUGGAGAAGCACCCGAAACAACGACACACAUCCUAUGCGAAUGUCCAAGAUUAAUGAUGAAAAGAAGUAGACACCUGGAACAAUUCAUCAUCAACCCCGAUGAAGUAAAACUAUUAGAACCAAAAAAGAUAGCAGCAUUCCUCACAGACGUGAAUCCAUGGAGAUUAGGCGAUGACAACGAAAGAGAAUGA